CAUUCCUCAGAGAAGAAGCAGAGAGAUGGGAGCAGGGACAGAGGGGACGGUCUGACUCAGAUAGUGGUCUUCAUCAGGGCUGCAGAAAGUCAGCGUCUGAUCGGAGCGGACCACCGCAGGACCGCCGCCGUCGUCUUCUUUUUAAUCAGAAUUAAAGGAGAUAAAAUGAUUCAGUGACACGAGGACGGACUCAGACUGAGGAGAGUCGACUACAGAGGAGACCAAAACAGAGACACGUGGUGCUGAUCCUCAGGUGCUGAUCCUCAGGUGUGGAUCCUCAGGUGUGGAUCCUCAGAGAUCAUCUUGUUGGCGGUGCAGCAGGACUGUACCAUGAUCCUUUCUGUGCUGGUUUUGCUGCUGGUCCUGGUUCUGUCCGGACCCGAGUCCUCCCUGCAGGAUGCAGCUCAGGAGAUUGGGGCGAGCGACGACAUCCUGGAGAGAGACUUUCUAUACGCUCAGACGCGUCAGAAACGCGCCGUGGUCGACCACAGCGCCACUCAGACGGACAAAUGUUCAUACACCUUCAUCGUCCCGCAGCAGAAGAACACCGGGGCCAUCUGUGUCAACUCCAAGGAGCCCGACGCUCUGCUGGAGAACCGGGUCAACAAGCAGGAGCUGGAGCUGCUGAACAGCGAGCUGGCCAAGCAGCGGCUGCAGAUCGAGACGCUGCAGCAGCUGGUGGAGGUGGACGGUGGUCUGAUCAACGAGGUGAAGCUGCUGAGGAAGGAAAGCCGCAACAUGAACUCCAGGGUGACGCAGCUCUACAUGCAGCUGCUGCAUGAGAUCAUCAGGAAGAGGGACAAUGCGCUGGAGGCCUCGCAGCUCGAGACCAGAGUCCUGAACCAGACCAAUGAGAUGGGACGGCUCACCACGCGGUACAGAGACCUGGAGAUCAAAUACCAACACCUGUCGGAGCUCGCCAACAACCAGAGCGCCCUGCUGCAGCAGCUGGAGGAGAGCUGCCGGAGGGGGGGAGGAGGCCCGUACGGGGGAGGGGGCACGUACGGGGGUGGACAGGCGUUUGGGCCAGGACAGGCGUACGGGGCAGGACCGGCGUACGGCGCAGGACAGGUGUAUGGAGGAGGACAAUUGUACAGUGGGGGCCACCAAACGUAUGGGAGCGUGCAGGAGAAGGGCAGAGCUGUCCGUCCUCAGCCUCCGGUCCUCCCUGCUCCUCCUGCUCUCUCUCCAGGGGGGUACAGACCCUUCCACCCCCCCACAUACACCCGACACUCCAGUCACCCCAUGACUAACGAGAUCCAGAACGACCAGAAUGCCAAAGCUUUACCGCCUCCAUUACCCACAAUGCCCAGCAGCAUCUACAGCUUCACCAACGAGCCCUCAGGUCCGUUCAGAGACUGUCUGGAGGCUCUCGAGAACAGAUACUCCACCAGCGGGAUGUACCUCCUCAAACCAGACAACAGCAACAAACUCAUGCAGGUUUGGUGUGACCAGAGACACGACCCGGGGGGCUGGACCGUCAUCCAGAGACGCCAGGACGGAUCCGUCAACUUCUUCAGGAACUGGGAGACAUACAAGCAAGGCUUUGGAAACAUGGACGGGGAGUACUGGUUAGGACUGGACAACAUCUACUGGCUGACCAAUCAGGGAACGUACAAGCUGCUGGUGACGUUGGAGGACUGGAGCGGGCGCAAGACCUUCGCCGAGUAUGCCAGCUUCAGGGUCGAGCCAGAGUCUGACUUCUACAAGCUGCGGGUGGGCCGUUACCAUGGCAACGCCGGCGACUCCUUAACCUGGCACAAUGGGAAGCAGUUUACCACACUGGACCGAGACCAUGACAUCUACGCAGGUAACUGUGCUCACUACCAGAAAGGAGGCUGGUGGUACAACGCCUGCGCUCAUUCCAACCUGAAUGGUGUUUGGUACCGCGGCGGACAUUAUAAGAGCCGGUACCAGGAUGGCGUUUACUGGGCCGAGUUCAGAGGAGGGUCUUAUUCUCUGAAGAAGGUGACCAUGAUGAUCCGACCCAACGGGAACACCUUCCAGUAACGCUGGGCCCUCUGUGGAGGACUAAAAGCCAAAAGGAUGGUUCAGGCAGUAUUCAGGUCAUCAUCUGACGGACGCUUCGCUGCAGAGUCAGAACACGACCUCAGAGACACCACGGUCCCUGCAGAGGUCCAGGAUUUCAUAACUACUACUCAGAAAGGUCAAAUAUUUAUGUUUGAGCUCAUAGAGAAACAUCUCACACUAAAACGGUCUGCUUUAGUCCAGAUCUGUUGUUGAUGUGAACUUUAGGAUCUACAAUAAAAACAUAGAAUAUUAUUUCUUUAUGUUUAGAAAAAUCCACCAAAAGUUUAUUAUAAGUAAAAAUUAGAGCUGAUAUUCAGGGAUCAAUACUCUGUAAUUCACUGAUAUAAUUAAGUCUUACUAUUGGUGCUCAUACUGCAUAAUUAGAAUGUAUGAUAAUGCUGAGAUAGAUUUAAAGGAGAGGAACGGAGCUAUUUAUUUUGGUACAUUUAGAGGAUAUUUCAGUCAUUUUGUUGGGUUUCUAGUUUAUUUGCAUAUUUAUUUUUAGUUUUAUUCCACAUCAGGACUAAAAAAUGGCUCAUAAUUUCACAGACGAAUGGUUUAAUGAGUAUUAUGUGGAUAAAAAACAUCAGCUCAGUUUUAUUCACACUAAAGUUGUCAAACUCCUCAUUACUCUAAAACUUUAAGAACUCAGUUUAAAACAACACAAUGCUUCUGUUUCAGUGAGCAGUAGAAUUAAAGGUCAAAUAUUAUUCAAAACAUAUAUUUUCAGGCUUUUCUAGCAGAAAUAUGUGCCCCUGGCCUGUC